UGGCAACAUCCAUUUCUAACUUCGCAAAAAUCAACAAAAUAAAAUCACUUUUGAACAUUUUGCAAUCAUUGUGUGUUGUGUUUUGGUACAGAAAUGAUGAUACGGUAGUGUAGUACAGUGAAAAUAAAACUAUCGAUGGAAACUAGGAAGUGAUUAGGGGCUCAUAUACUGUGAUCAGAAUGUAGCACUUAGUCAAGUUCCCAAUCGAGUAUUCCAAAAUUAUAGUAUUGAUCUUUUGUUUCCUAAGUACAAGACUGUAAAUAAAUAAACUGUAAAAAUGUCUGUGGUCAAAGGAAAGCUAGUGAAAAUGGAAGUAAUCCAAGUUGGUGAAUACGAGUUCACCAAACAGGAUAUCAUAGGACAUGGUGCCUUUGCUAUGGUGUACAAAGGAAGGAAGAGAAAGCAGAGUCCGUCCCAAUCAGUAGCCGUGAAGGUGGUGACGAAGAAGGGCAUCCAGAAGGCGUCGGAGAUCCUGGUGAAGGAGAUCAAGAUCCUGCGCGAGCUGACGGCGCUGCACCACACCAACCUUGUGGCCAUGCACGACUGCAUGGAUAGCCCAGCAUAUGUCUACGUCGUCAUGGAGUAUUGCAACGGCGGCGACUUGGCGGACUACCUGCAGGCCAACCGGCUGCUGAGCGAGGGCACGAUCCGCCUGUUCCUGCGGCAGCUGGCCGACGCCAUGCGCGCCAUACACGCCAAAGGCAUCGUCCACCGCGACCUAAAGCCGCAGAACAUCCUGCUGACACACAGCGUCGCGCCCCCGCGCACCCCGCAACCCUCCGAAAUCACACUCAAAAUCGCUGACUUCGGCUUCGCAAGGUUCCUUGAAGAAGGAAACAUGGCCGUUACACUCUGCGGCUCACCGAUGUACAUGGCCCCUGAAGUGAUAAUGUCUCUGAAAUACGACGCAAAAGCGGACCUGUGGAGCCUGGGCACGAUCGUGUACCAGUGCCUGACGGGCAAGGCGCCCUUUCAGGCCACCACGCCGCACGAGCUGAAGGCUUUCUAUGAGAACAGCGUCGAUCUGCAGCCCAAGAUGCCGGGUGGCACGAGCCCCGAGCUGUGCAGCCUGCUGAUCGGGCUGCUGCGCCGCAACCCGCGCGAGCGCAUGCCCUUCGAGGUGUUCUUCAACCACCCCUUCCUGCAGCGCCCACGACACCCCUCCAUCACCAGUUUGGAUUCGGAUCUUCCUGACAUAUUGGAGACUGAUCUAGAGGGCCGAGUUGGUACUAACUGUUACCUAGAAGAGUCGUGGGAGAGUCAGGGAGCGAGCGGCAGCAGCUCACAGCUGGCGGGCGGCGCCGGCUUCCCCGGGCGCAGCGCGCGCCCCGCGGCCGUCGCGCCCGCGCCCCUGCUCGGACUGCCACAGCCCAGGAAGACACAACCCACCUCCUCUGCGGAGUCAUCAGACAACACAUGGGCAGGCGAGGAGGACUUCGUGCUAGUGGAGGCGACGGAGUCCGGGUCGGCGGAGUGCUCGGGCGCCAGCUCGGGCUCGGAGGCGGCGCCGCGGCCGCAGUCGCUGGCGCUGCCGCCCGCCGCGGCCGCGCCGCCCGCGCCCGCCGCGCCGCCCCACGAGCCCGCGCCCACACACGCACGGGGCGCGCUGGCCACCGCCAGCGUCCCGCGCUCACAGCCCAUCGACGUGCUGCGCUCCAACAGCCGCAACAUGCCCAACAUCGGCUCGCUCUCGCCGCCCUCUGUGCCGUUCACAGGAGGGUCUAUGGGGACGCCUCCGUCGACGCGUCGACGCAGCCAGUCCGGCAGCUCCCCGCCGCCCUCGCUGUGGCAGGUCUCGCCCACCAACGCCAGCCCGCUGCGUCGAUCUGGCUCUUCGCCCCCAGUGCCGCUGGCGGCGCUGAAGGCCAGCGGCGAGGCGGGCUCGCCCAAGCGCGGCGCCACGCUGCCCGACGCUCUGCUGCGCAAGUGGCACACGCCCGACCCGCCCGUCUACAUCCCCAACCUGCAGGAGGAGACCAUACUCGCUGAGGAGCACAGCAAGGUGUUCUCGCAGCUGAACUUCGUGCUGAUGCUGGCGGAGCUGCUGUCGGACCUGGCCGUGUCGUGCGGAGCGCCCAUCGCCGCGCUCAUGGACGCCUCCGACGAGCGUUGCAACGAGAGCGUGCGCCUGGGGCUGCUGGUGCAGGCGAUGCAGGCGCUGGCGGCGGGCCUGCGCCUCGCGGCCCACCACUACCGCAGCCGCACGCUGCAGCCCACGCCACAAGUGCGAAAUGUGGUAUCCCUGAUGAACGGCAAAUACAAGUGGAUCGUGAACGAAUCCCGCAGACUCCACGAAGCGGGCGUCACUCCCGCAGUCUGUGAUAAAAUCCUGUACGAACAUGCUAUCGAACUGUGCCAAAUGGCGGCCAUCGAGGAGCUGUUCGGCGACAUGAAGGAGUGCGAGCGGCGCUACAUGUCGGCGCAGGUGCUGCUGCACUCGCUCGUGCAGCGACACCCGCUGCACCCGCACCACCGCACCACGCUCUCCAAGUACCGGGACGCAGUGCAAAGGCGGCUCAAUUGCCUCAAGGGGCCGCGCAAAAUUAUGGAUGUCAAACUCGAGGCUGGGAUCUCAUAAUGCAAUACGCCCCGACGCGACCAUUAGAAGUAAGCACACGUGACGCAAGAUUGAGAAGUGAUUUUAUUUUGUUCUCAAAAACAGACUCGCAGUGAGAAUAAUAAUAAUAUAAUAAUAAAGAAAUGUAUAAAAGGAAUAAGUGGAUGAUAUCAAUUAAUAAUCAUUGUAUACAAUUAUUUUAGCGAUGAAGAUUACCAGAGAUUGCAAUAGUGAAUUAUAUUUUUUUAUGUGCAGUAAGUACAUACAGAAAAGUCUAGAGAGCAGUAGGUUAUAUAGAAAGAUCUAGAUCGUAUUAUCGUGAACGAAUUUUAGUAACGCUUGGAAAUGAGUAAAAUAUAGAUUUAGAUGUGUGUCUUGAAUCCCUUUUGACUAAAUGGUUGUAUCUUCGUAAGAUUUGUAAUGUUAGUACAAGUUUCGCCAGAAGAUCAAACUCGAUUCUUCUGAUUGACAAAGCGUGUUUAAUUUCAUGUAAAUUAUUUUUUCAGUCAACCUGUUAGAGAGUUGAAUAUAACAUAAAAAAUCUAAAAAAAAUAGUAUAGAAGCGUAGUAUUGUUUCCAAAUAAGUCUCAAUAAUUAACAUUUUAUUAUUACCAACUUGUAGCAUAUUAUGUAAAUGGAAAUUAUGAAGUAAUAUCUCAAUAUAAACAUAAUGAAUGCUAUAGAGAUCUCAUUAUCGACCAAUAACAAUAUGGCAUUUUUAGGUUAAGCUACGAAGUAUGGUUUAAAGUAUUUCUUGGAAAAAUGAUUGUAUGAAUGAAUUUCAGCGUUUCUCAUAUUUUAAAUUUCUUUUGCCAAGUUGUGAUCAUAUUUUUAUGUAUUCCUCCUCAAUAAUGUUCAAUGCUUUACUGAAAUAAGAAUAAAGACUGUUGUAUUAUAAAAUUAUUUUGUUUUGUUGUAAUAAAUACUUCUUUUUAACAUCAUGAAA